CAAAUAUUUUACUAUUCUGUUCCAAAAGAAAUCUCCUUCAUUUCUUGGGUAAAAAGUCACCAUUUUCAGCUCAUUCCACAUUCCAUCUUUCUUUUAAUUGGUUCAUACGUGAAUUUUGUUCAGUAUUACAGUAGAGAGAUUCUGAUUUAGAUUUGAUGUCAUUGUCGUUAUUUAACUGACACAAUUGUCUUGUUACACCCAAAUGUCCUAUUUAUUUAUUUAUUGAAUGGGUCAUGAGAUUAUUCAAAAUCAGAUUUUGACCCGACGAAACCCCUUUUACAGAAUUCUUUAAUUCAGAUUUCACUUUUCAGAGAGUGAUGCUAAAUAAGAAAUUUGGGUUUGAAUUGAGAGAUGGAACAUGACGGUGACGGAGAUGGCGGUAGUAGUAGUAGUAGACCAAUUAACAUAUCCCAGCAGCCACAUGAACAUGAUGCGUUUGUUGGUGAAACGUCGUCUCUGAGCUCGACCGUCUUGUUGGAUCAUGUUGGGGAAGUCAGUCUCACCUUUAACUCAGAUGGGUUAUCUUGGAAACUCCUUGGAUCUUCAGAUUAUAAUGAGACAACUUGUUUGGGCAUAACAUUGGGUUCAAAGUUUGCAACUGAGAUCAAGUUCAGUGAUGUAUAUGCUGCUGAGUUUAUCAAUUAUGGUAUUGUUCAUGGAGCAAGUAUUUUGGUUCAGAACUCUGAGGUUUGUUCUAUUGUUCGACUUAAGAUGUACCGCUUUACAGUGCAUGGUUUUGAAAGGUCAAAGACUCAGCCUUCUGUAUGGGCCUUGGCUGUUUAUACGUUUGGUCACAAGGAUAUGCAAAUAUGUCAAAUGUGGGCGAAUCAAAUUAAUGAUGCUAUAAAACUGGAAGUAGAGAGGCCAAAGAAUCUUAUGGUUUUCAUUCAUCCAAGGAGUGGAAAGGGCAAUGGCUACAGAAUCUGGGAAAUGGUGGCUCCUAUAUUCUCACGUGCUAAAGUGAAAACAAAGGUGAUUGUGACACAAAGGGCAGGGCAGGCAUUUGAUGUGAUGCAAUCUACUUCAAACAAUGAACUGAAUCUGUAUGAUGGAGUUGUUACUGUUGGUGGUGAUGGUUUCUUCAAUGAAAUUCUUAAUGGGUUCCUUAAAUCUAGACAUAAAGCCCCAUUCCCCCCAGCUCCUUCAGAUUUUCCUCAUUCUAAUGGAGUUCUUGAUAGUUCUGGUGUUAAUGAUCUGAACGAGGUAGUUGCUGAACCUUCUCAGAAUGAAGACCAGUCUCCUCUUCUCCCAAGUUCAAAACAUAAUGGAAGUCAAGAUGCAUCCUGCAGCACAGACCAAGACCCUGAUUUGCUCCUCCCAAAUGAACGAUUUAGAUUUGGAAUAAUUCCUGCAGGUUCAACUGAUGCCAUUGUGAUGUGUACCACUGGAGCUCGAGAUCCUAUUACAUCUGCCUUACAAAUUGUGCUGGGUAAAAGGGUGUGCCUGGAUAUUGCUCAAGUUGUAAGGUGGAAAUUAACAUCCGUGUCAGAGGUUGAACCUUAUGUACGCUAUGCAGCUUCUUUUGCUGGGUAUGGGUUUUAUGGAGAUGUCAUUACAGAGAGUGAAAAGCUUCGCUGGAUGGGCCCUAAACGUUAUGAUUAUGCUGGAACGAAGGUGUUUCUAAGGCAUAGGUCAUAUCAGGCUGAAAUAGCAUAUCUGGAAGUCAAAAGUGAAGAAUCUGGUAGCCCAAGUGUAUCCGAAAGAGUGAUCUGCCGUGUAAACUGCAAAGUCUGUAAAUCAAAAUCAAAUCGUGGGAACAGGGCUGGCUGCCACUCAACGCCCUACUCACAUCCAGGCGAAACACGAUGGCUGAAAUCCAAGGGGCGUUAUAUUAGUGUCGGUGCUGCCAUAAUUUCAAAUCGAAAUGAAAGAGCACCAGAUGGUCUGGUGGCUGAUGCACACCUUUCAGAUGGUUUCUUACAUCUCAUAUUGAUUAAAGACUGUCCUCAUGCUUAUUAUCUCUGGCAUCUGACCCAGCUCGCAAGAAAAGGUGGAAAACCGCUCAAUUUUAAGUUUGUCGAGCAUCACAAGACUCCUGCAUUUACAUUUACUUCUUUCGGCAAUGAGAGUGUGUGGAAUUUGGAUGGCGAGCGCCUUCAAGCGCACCAAUUAUCAGCUCAAGUAUUUCAGGGUCUUGUGAGCUUGUUUGCAUCUGGUCCUGAAGUCUAACAGAGCUUGUAACCCUGUGAAACGUUACAGAGGAGUGAAAUGUUAAUUUUGUUACCAAAUUGGUAGUUUAGAAUUCCAUGAUCUUAUUUGUAUUCUUUCCUUGCCCCAAGGUUGGGGUUGGUACCACUGGUAGGUAGUGGUAUGCAAUGUCAAACUUCUAUUAUCUACAGAAGAUAAAAAGUCUUUUACUAUGCUGAUAUCUUGAGGUCCUGGGGGAUUAUUCAAUAGUUAUAUUAAAAAUGUAACUUUUCUAUGACUUACGAUAACAGGUUAUUAAUGGGUAAAAAAAAUUAUUUUUAGACUCAAA